CAAGCUGUCAUCCAUCCAUCAAACUACUACAUUUCUCAUCCCAUCUAGCACUCUUGUAAAAAUAAUUGAGAGAGGUGUCCAUUUUGACAGCAGCAAAAGAAAGUUAAUAACUUAGCUAUGUCAUCAAGAGUACUCAAGAAGUUACAAGGCGACAAUGAACUGGAACUACAACCCGAUGACGGGAUUGAAGAUCAAGGCUCCGAUGAUACGGAUGAAAUUGAUUUGGCAACAUACGACAAGCGCAGACAAUUAAAUAGAAAUCCUUUUGAUUUGCUGAAUCAACAAAGCCCCUCAGAGAGUGAAGUCAAGGAGGAUGACAACGAGACGGAGCAUGCAUCAACAGCAGCUAAUCUCCCCUCGGGACCAAUUUCCAAGAAGAAAAAGAAGAAGAGGAAGAAGAAAAGCGCUAAACAUCAUGGCAAUCACAUUAGUAGUGAGGAUAACGAUUUGACGGACAAAUAUCUAAGCGAUAUUGAUUCAUUGAUUGGGAAAGUAUGUGAAACUGGCAACACUGCAACGGCAACUCGGGUGGACUUGGACAAAACCCUACUCUCCGUUGAAUUGAAGAACUUGCAUCCGCUUAAUGAAAUGCGACGCACAUUCGGCAAACGUGUUGUAAAGCUUGAAAAUAAGCGAGGACGUCAAAAGUUGACUCUGAAAUCAACCUAUUUGGUUACCGCCAAAGAAAGUUGGCCUCCACUCACCAAGAACAUAAUCACAAUGAAACCAUGUGCCCCACCAGAAAACACCGAGGCAUCGGGUGACAAAACUCAAUGGUUUGCCUUUGAGCACAGUCAAUUCUAUCAGGGUGUGCAGAAUAUGUUUUUGGCAGCUCUUGACACAACAGAUUCAGAUCAACUUGUGAACUUAUUCACACGUUGUCCCUACCACGUGGACACUUUAAUUCAAUUGAGUGAAAUGUGUAAAAUCACCGACGACACUGCAAUGGCAUCGGAUCUUAUUCAGCGUGCUGUUCUCGUGUUGGAAACUUCACUUCAUCCCAGUUUCAGUCUUGUGUCAGGCAAUUCUCGAUUGGAUUACAAAAGACAAGAAAAUCGAGGAUUUUUCAUAGUCCUCUUCAAACAGGCGCAAUAUGUUGAGGCAAGAUCAUGCUGUCGUACCGCAUUUGAACUUUCCAAACUGAUAUUGAGCUUGAAUCCAGAUGUCGAUCCACUUGCAAUGGUUCUCAUUAUCGACUAUUACGCACUGCGAAGCAAGCAAUAUGCAUGGUUGGUAAAGUUCUAUGAAGAUUGGGACGCAAAGAGAAAUCUAUCACAGUUACCCAAUAUGGCAUAUUCAUAUGCCUUGGCUUUGUUUUACUUACUUGGAGACUGUGAGAAAGCAGACAAGGCUCUACAGUAUGCAUUGCUCAUGUUUCCCGGUGUACUUAGGCCACUUUUGGAUGAACUCUCAGUGCAAACAGAUUCUCGUGUGAUUGCAGCUACAUUUUUUAAUUCUGGCAUAUCCGGAAGUCAAUCACCAGCCUUGCAUCAAUUGGUGUGCCUGUAUGUUUGCAGAGCCAAAGUGGUUUGGAGGGAUACGAAUGUAUUGCUUUGGCUUGAACGAAACGUUAAUACGGUGUUGGAUAGAGUUGAAAAAGAUGACGAAGUUGUCAAUGAUUACAAUUCUAAGCGAUCACAAAGAUACGUUUCACCACCCAGAGUAAUUCUUCGACACGUUAUUCUUUCUGAUUAUGGAAAGAAGGUUCCACUGGCACAAUUUGUAGCAGGCGAAAAAGAAAUAAAUCUGUAUGACCCAUUGCCGCCCUUGGAGUCUAUCAACUUUUAUGAAAGGAAAUCAUCCAGUAGCAGUCCCACAACAGAUAACAAUCGUUCAAUUUCCAUGUUUUUCCAAUCGAUUUUGCCCACCUUCAAUGUACGAGCCGCACAAAAUGCUGCGGGAGCUGGUGGAGCUGCUGUCGCCGCUGGUGUAGGAGGCAUAGUUGGCGGUGGAAUAGGAUUACCAGUUGCCGCCGCCGCAUUACCCGCACCCGAUGCAGCUGUUGACGAUGAAGUUGCACAAGUUGACAGGCAUUUAGAGGAAUUAAACAUGAACUUGGAAAAUGCCGCUGCAGAAGGUGCAGCAGAAGUAAACGCCUCUUAUCGUGAACUCACAAGAUCAUUGACAUCUGUUGUUGAUGCAAUGAGAGAUUACCUAUCCAGUUUCCACAUCACCGAAACCCAAUCGCAAAAUGCUGAUGUUGAGGAAAAUGGUAGUUCUGAGGAGGACACAAGUGAUUAUUUCGAUUAGAAUCAGCAUUAAGAUAAGAUAUUUUUUAUUAAAACUUUUUCUUUUUUAUUUUCAAACAUUUUUAUUUUGGGCUAAAGAUAAAGAAUAAUAUGUAUUUCUUUUUUUUUUAUUUUGUUAUUGAUUUACAAAAGGAACUUUAAAAGAACAAGUUAAAAUCAAAAUGUAAGCAUAAAAUUUUAUUGAAAAAGAAAAAUGUAUUAAAUAAGAUAUAUAAUAUCAUGUUUUAAAAAAUAUCAAUCUUAUUAUGUGUAUCAAAUUUUGAAAGUAUAUAAAAAAAAAAUAUUUUAUUAUGUAUUCACUAUUCACACAAAUUUCAAAAGAAAAACAAACAAAUUACAAAAGUAC